AUGAGAGCAGCACUCAUCACCACCCUUGUGUCUCUUGCUGGAAUCGCCUUCGCAGCCCCUCCCGGCAGUCGGGGGGGUCUCGAAACAAGAGGCGGCUCGCGCGGAAUAUGCGUUCCAAAGGCUAAGCGGGAGCUGGAAAACUGCCUAGAUCGAGGGGAGACCGGCUUGCCAUGCUUAGAGGCAUAUGCCAAUACCUACGCCGAAUGCAGGGGCUUCCCACAGAGAUUCGGGAAACAAUCCGGGAGCGCCUCCAAAGCCGCCAGCUCCAAGAAGUUUUCAGGGAAACCUGCAAAAGUCUCCAAGCCCAACCAUGUGCGCAAUCGUGCGUAA